CCUUUCUCUCUCUUCUUCCCCUCUCUCCACUCUCAAAUUGAGGGAGAAAAUACCAACGAAAAAACCCCCAAAAAAGAAAAAAAGAAUAAAAAAAAUAGAAGCCAUAUCCAUUUCUCCAUGAGAAGAUAAACCCUAAUUCUUCAAUUUCACAAACCCUGUUCGAGAAAUUUCAGAAAUCGGAAGCUCAAUAGAAAGGGGGAACAGGUGAACAAAAAAAUGUCUCAUUCAGUUUUAACCGCGCCGAUUAUGCCGCUCGCACAAACCCACAGUACUUUAUCAUCCAAAUCCAAACCCUUUCUCCCAAUCAAGAGGUUUCAACCCCGGAGAUGUCUACCCGGCAUCAGAGCAUCGUCGGCUGUUUCCGACGACAGCGCUAUUGCCACCUUGGAGAGGUGCUUUCAGGCGUCGCCGCCGUCCGCGGAUGCUCCGUCGUCGGCUUCUUCCAGCUCUGCAGAUUUUGGUCCGGUUAUGAAGGGUGGGAAGUUCGGCUCGUUAGGUGCGGUUACUUUGGAAAAAUCGAAGCUUGAUAUGACGCAGAAGAUAACCAAGUCUAGUCCUGAGAUUUCUACGGGCGGAGGAGGUGGUAAUAUGGGGAAGGGUCUUAGUCAUGGAGGUGGUGAUGGAGGAGAUGAUGGUGGUGAUGAUGAUGAUUACUUUGACAACUUUGACGAGGGUGAUGAUGGAGAUGAAGGUGGACUGUUUCGGAGAAGGAUUGUUCUUGCCGAGUUGUUCGAUAAAAAAUUUGUUGAUGCUGUUUUGAGUGAGUGGCAAAAGACCAUGAUGGAUUUGCCUGCUGGGUUUCGUCAAGCCUAUGAAAUGGGUUUGGUGAGCUCCGCUCAAAUGGUGAAGUUUCUUGCAAUGAAUGCCAGACCUACAACUGCCAGGUUCAUUUCUCGGUCGCUUCCUCAAGGACUGUCGAGAGGGUUUAUUGGCAGGAUGAUUGCAGAUCCAGCAUUUUUGUCCAAGCUGCUUUUCGAGCAGGCAACUACAAUCGGUUGCUCUGUCUGGUGGGAGAUCAAGAAUCGAAAAGAAAGGAUAAAGCAAGAAUGGGAUCUUGCCCUCAUCAAUGUACUCACCGUGACAGCUUGCAAUGCUAUGGUCGUUUGGUCACUCGCUCCAUGUCGUUCGUACGGAAACACCUUCCAAUUCGAUUUGCAAAAUACACUGCAGAAGCUCCCAAACAAUAUCUUCGAAAAAAGCUAUCCGUUUAGAGAAUUCGACUUCCAAAAGAGACUUCAGUCAUUCUUUUACAAAGCAGCAGAGCUGUGUAUGGUGGGAUUCACUGCAGGAACUGUGCAGGGCGCUGUAUCGAACCUAACCGCCACUAAAAAAGACGGAAGGUUAUCAGUGACAAUUCCAUCAGUGAGCACAAACGCACUCGGUUAUGGAGCGUUUCUUGGUCUUUAUGCAAACUUGCGGUAUCAGCUUUUGUGUGGCUUCGACAGAGGAGUUACCAGCUACUUCGAUGUUAUUGGAGUAGCUCUGUUCUUCAGCGCAGCUUUGAGGGUGAUGAAUGUUCAACUAGGAGAAACGUCUAGAUUGGCAUGGCUAGGGGUGGAGGUGGACCCACUAGCUCAAGCGGACGAUCUAUUGAAGAAGGCUUACAAUAGACCUUCAGAAGGAGCCGACCAAUCAUCUUCAUCCAAGUGGUUCAUAUCAAAGAACGCUAUAGUUUCAGGUUUAGGGCUUCUUGGAAUAAAACAGGGCCCGUCAAACACUGAAGAUGGUGGUUCACCUGCACCAAAGGCUCGGAGAAAGAGAGUUGUUCGGAGAAAAGUGGCGACGAGUUAAGUGAAAUUAAAGCUCGUGUUUUUAUUUUAUGUUUUCAAUUUUGGCAGAGCUUUAGUGUAGACCCCACACACCCUUGAUGGAUUAUAUGCAUGCACCCCCACUGGAAGCUACGGUGUGUAUAUGCACGACAUGGAGUUUUUCUGGUUCGGCGUUUGGACAAGCAGUGCAAAGAUUGUAAUGAUAUAUUCUACGAGGGUUUGUUCGCUAUUUUUACCGAUUCUUUUCUCCUAAUUUUGGUAUCUAAUGACGAUUUUAGUGCAAUAAAUUUGUGGACUGCAGAUUGAACUUUAAUUUGUUCAAAAAGUUUAAUGUGAGCUUUGUUUUGUUGAUGAA